AUGCCUUUCCCUCCUGAUUCCUAUGUAUCCCCCAAAUCGUUCAUCGAAUCUGGCAAAGCAACGAUCCCAGAGCUCUAUGAAUGGAACGCCCGCGAGAAUCCCUCCUACCAUAUCUUCCGCUUGGAUAGUGGUCAGGGCAUAGAGGGUAUCAGCUAUGCGGAGAUGAACAAGGGCAUCCUCCGUGCUGCACGGCUCGUUUCUUCCCUUGUGGGACCGAACGCGUCUCCAGGCCACCACGUGGUCGCAAUUGUGGCUAGCGCAGACACCAUCACGUAUGCCACUGUCAUUUUGGGUAUUCUACGCGCGGGACAUGUAGCAUUUCCCAUCUCCCCGCGCAACUCGGCGGCUGCCGUGGCCCACCUCUCGAGCAAGACGAAAUGCACUCAAGUUCUGGCGUCUCGAGACCCACACAUGAGCGACCUUGUGAAGGACGCACUGGCCGGCUUGGGCGGCGUGAAACAACACGCGAUGCCGCAAUAUGAGGACUUGUUCCCUUCCGGAGUAGCGGAGAGCGAUGAUGACGCUCGUGACUUUCUGGUGAUGCCCAAGUACGACCUCGACAGCCCUGCUAUGAUUCUGCAUUCCUCUGGUUCAACCAGCCAUCCGAAGCCUAUCACCUGGUCGCACCGAGGGCUAAUUUGUUGGGGCAUGUCCACUUGGAAAGGCACAAUGGACUCGACUUGUGCGAUUGUUAGCGCCCAUGGUGUCCCAAUGUACCAUGCUAUGGGGAGUGUAAUUAUCUUCAUGGCGGUUACCUGCGGUUGGGUUUUUUGCGUAUUCCCCCCUGCAUCUCCGCCGACGGUUCCGAACUCUGAUAACGUCUUUGAGGGGGCAGUCAGCUGUGGCGCAGAGUUGAUGUACACUGUCCCAGCGUUUCUUGAGCAAUGGGCACGCGAACCCGACAAAGUGCUGGCUAUGAAGCAGAUGUGGGGCUUGUUAUUUGGAGGCGCGCCUUUGAACAAAUCUGUUAGAGACUCACUGGCUUCUCAAGGCGUAGCAUUGCUCACAGGUUAUGGGAGCACGGAGACCGGAUCUAUAUCAGCUGGAAUAUCAGUAAAUCCUGAAAUGGAUUGGGAAUACUUCGGCUUCAAUUAUUUGGUAGAUACCGUCAUGCGCCCUGCGGGGGACGGGACAUACGAACUGGUCAUAUUGUGCCCACCUAGGGCAUUCAAUGACCGGAUCAACGGGAUCGACGCAUAUGCCACAAGCGAUCUUCUUGAACCUCACCCGACGAAGCCAGGACUGUGGAAGAUCUAUGGAAGGGUCGACGAUCAGAUCAUCCUCUCCAACGGCGAGAAGACGAACCCGCUGCCCCUCGAGCACAUCAUCAGAGACGGCCCUCACGUCCGCGGUUGCCUCAUCUUUGGACGAGGAAGGCUACAAAACGGGGUCCUCAUUGAGCCCAUGCCGGAAUACCUGCUAGACCCUCAAGACGAGCAGAAGCUGGCGGACUUUAGGAACAAGAUAUGGCCCACGAUAGAGCGCGCGAACGCGAUUGCUCCUCAGCACUCUCGGGUAUUCAAGGAGAUGAUCAUAGUCACCCUUCCCUCCAAGCCAUUCACAUAUAAUGCAAAGGGCUUCCCUCGUCGCGUACCGGUCCUCCAAGACUACCAAAACGAGAUCGAAGCGUUGUAUGCUGGUGUAGAACAAAGCUCGCAAGGCGAUGUUCCUGCACCCUCAUCUUGGAACAGUGACGGCGUCAAGACAUUCGUGCAUACCGUCGUGCAGCAUGUACUUGGUCAGCCUCUUGCCGAGGAUGCAGACCUCUUCCGCAAUGGAUGCGACAGUCUGCAAGCUACUUACAUUCGUAACAUCGCCUUGCGCGCAUUACGUGAACAUUCUCCAGCCGCGGCGAAGAGACUACCAAUGAAUGUUAUGUUCCAAGCGCCUACUAUCGUUGCUCUCACGGAUGCGCUCCUCCGCACCCUAUCGGACUCUCCGGAGGCAGGAUCGAUGGCGUCGACCCCAGAGGACCUGAUCCGCCGGGCAGAGCGUUAUGGCGCAGACCUGCCUGCUCGGCCUUCAGGACUCCGCCCUCGCGCGAGCACGAAGGAUGUCGUUCUCGUUACGGGUACCACUGGAGGCUUCGGAUGCGAUAUCUUGGAGCAUCUUCUACGUGACAGCGAGAUCGGAACGGUUUACGCGUUCAACCGGAAGGCGACAAACGCGCUGGAAAGGCAGCGAGAGCGUUUUCUUCAAAGAGGGCACGACGUGACACUACUGGAGUCGCCGAAGUUCAGGAUGGUCGAGGCCGAUCUGCAACUCGCUGACUUUGGGGUAGAGCCUGGACUGCUAGGAGAGAUACGGGCCUCGGUCACGCACAUCAUGCACAAUGCAUGGCAGGUAAACUUCAACCUAAAAGUCACGUCGUUCGAAGGAGACUUGCAGGGUCUCCGUAACCUACUUGAAUUCGCCUUGUCGUCACCCUACACUGUUCCUCCGAAGUUCAUGUUCGUCAGCUCUAUCGGCGUGCUCGCAAAUUACCAAGUGCAACCUCCCGAGUCGGUCCCCGAGGAGCGGGUUGAGCCAUCUUCUGCGAUCGGAUCGGGUUACACGGAAUCGAAGUGGGUAGCGGAAGAGACCUUGCACAAGUUGGCUCACCACGUCGGCAUCCCUACCACGACAGUGCGACUAGGGCAAGUGUGCGGCGAUCAGUUGGGGCACUGGAACGAGAAGGAAUGGUUCCCCGCCCUGGUUAAAUCCUCGCUGUUCACGCGCUGCUUGCCUGGAGACAUGAAUGAGAUUGCAUUCAUCUUGAGUCACCCUGCAGCCCGGGCCUUCGUGGAGAUGCGCAAGUCCUCGUCGGCCAUCCUGCACCUCGUGCAUCCUCGCCCUAUCGAGUGGAAGGCGAUCGUGAUCCCGAUGGCAAAGGAACUCGGCGUACCCCUCGUACCUUACUCCGAGUGGCUCUCAGAGCUUGAGAAGGGGGCUGGAGAAGGGUCGGCAAACGAAGUAGAUGCGAUGCGCACGAAUCCGGCGUUACGCUUGCUUGAUUUCUUCCGCGCCCAACGUGAUAGCAACCGCUCGGAUACUCGUCUGUCCACUGCGAAAGCAGAGCUGGCAUCAGAAGAACUGGCGCAUAUGUGCCAGCUGGGGAGCGAGGAUGCGAUGAGAUGGAUAACUGCUUGGCGGGCGUCGGGUUUCCUGCCGGCGGCGGCGUGAAUCGCUGAUCAUGAGAGUAG